CAGAUCCGUUAGACCUGACUACAUUUUAUUUCACUGAAGUCUCUACAUGACAGUGUGCUGACUGACUGGCUGACUGAGAUUUCUUUUCUCUCCUGUGCAGCGUAGCCAGGCACCAUGCCAGUGUUCCUGCUGCUCCGCUCCCUGGUUAUCAGACUCGUCAGCAGCAGACUAGCAGCCUCUCUGGCUAGCUUCCUGCGGAGGACCCUCUCUACGGGCGCGGCCCACCUCGGCACGGCCCUCCGUCACGUCUGGGACCGCGUCCGAUCCCAGGAGUCCAAGGAAGCCGUCCUGUCCUGUGUGCUGUGCAUUCUCAACAUGCACAAGAAGGUGGACAACUGAGCCCUCCCUCCUCGUCUGAGCAGGAGGAGGGAGAGACAGAGAGACAGAGAGAUAGAGAGAGAGGGAGGGAGAGAACA